UUCUUCAUUAAGGGUCAAGUACACUAAUGAAAUUUCCGCAAGAUGUAAAGCGACAAGUCUAGCUUUUGCUCUUUGGGAUUGGCUUUUGACUUCUGAAAUGGAUGAUGGAAAUUUAUAUGAAGUCAGAAUGCACUCACAAAAACUUUUAUUCUUCAAAGACUGAACCAAUUUGUUUCAGUUUUGGAUUGCAAGAGUACUGCUGUGUCAAGUUCUGCCUUGGUUCUUCAGUCGAUGCUUAGCAGUACAUAUGGAAAACAUCGUAAGCAUCCUGGAGGUCGUGGUAAUGCUGGUGGUAUGCAUCAUCACAGGAUAAAUUUUGACAAAUACCAUCCUGGAUAUUUUGGUAAAGUUGGCAUAAGAAAUUUCCAUCUGAAGAAGAACCAAAAGUAUAUGCCUAUCAUAAAUAUUGACAAAUUGUGGUCUCUAGUUUCCGAGAAAACGAGAUUACAGUACAAAGAUCACCCUGAAGGCAAAGCUCCUGUCAUUGAUGUUGUCAAUGCUGGUUACUACAAAGUUCUUGGUAAGGGCCGAUUACCAAGGCAGCCUGUUAUAGUGAAAGCAAGAUUUUUUAGUAGAGAAGCUGAAGCAAAAAUUAAAUCUGUUGGCGGAGCAUGUAUAUUGACUGCGUAAAUAAAAUAAUUGUAUAUAUA